GCCUGGGGCAGCAGAGGCAGGACAGCCAGACAGGCCGGACGGGGUACCAGCACUUCAACUUCUCCCCCUGGGACACUGUCCAAACUCUAAGGGAUUUAGGCCAAGCUGAGAAAUGGGUGCUGAGGAGAAGGUGCUGGUCACACUGUCGGGGGGAGCUCCCUGGGGCUUCCGACUUCAGGGGGGGGCCGAACAGAGGAAACCCUUACAGGUGUCCAAGAUCCGAAGACGGAGCCAGGCUGGCAGAGCUGGACUCCGAGAAAGGGACCAGCUUUUGGCCAUCAAUGGAGUCUCCUGUACUAGCCUCUCUCAUGCCAGUGCCAUGAGUCUCAUCGAUGCCUCAGGGAAUCAGCUUGUCCUCACUGUGCAGAGGCUAGAGGAUGAGGGGCCUGUGCGAUCUCCAUCCCCCAGUGAGCUUCAGGUGCUAUCACCCUUGUCCCCUAUGAGUCCUGAGCCCCCUGGAGCUCCAGUUUCUCAGCCUCUUCAGCCUGGGAGCCUUCUCUCACCUCCUGACAGUGAAGCAUACUACGGAGAGACAGACAGUGAUGCUGAUGGCCCUGCCACCCAGGAGAAGCCCCGCCGCCCCCGCCGCCGAGGCCCUACAAGGCCUGCUCUUCCAGGAGCCCCACCUGAUGAGGUCUACCUGUCUGAUAGCCCUGCAGAGCCAGCAGCUGCUAUCCUUGGCCCUGCUAGCCAGGGUGACAGCCGUGUGAGCUCCCCAUCAUGGGAGGAUGGGGAAAGUCUUCAGCCACCCUCAGCUGAGGCUCUGCUGUUGCCCCAUGGCCCGCUUCGUCCUGGCCCUCAUCUCAUCCCUAUGGUGGGACCUGUUCCCAAUCCAGUGGCCGAAGAUCUUACUACCACUUACACCCAGAAGGCCAAACAAGCCAAACUGCAACGGGCAGAGAGCCUCCAAGAGAAGAGUGUGAAAGAGGCCAAGACCAAGUGCCGAACAAUUGCAUCCCUGCUAACUGCAGCUCCCAACCCCCACUCAAAGGGGGUGCUUAUGUUUAAGAAACGGAGGCAGAGAGCCAAGAAGUACACCCUAGUGAGUUUUGGGGCUGCCACUGGAACAGGUACUGAAGAGGAGGAAGCCGGCGUCCCUCCAACCAGUGAGUCUGAGCUGGAGGAGGAGGCCUUCUCUGAUGCUCGCAGCCUUACCAACCAGUCUGACUGGGACAGCCCGUAUCUGGACAUGGAGCUGGCCAGGCCGGGCUCAAGGGCAACCGAGGGCCAAGGCCUGGGGCAGGGAGGGCAAUUGAGGGAAGCCUCUGGACGAGGAGUCCAGCUCUUUGAACAGCAGCGCCAGAGAGCGGCCUCUUGUACCCAGGAGCCCACCAGGGGUGGCACAGCAGCCAUGCUUAACGGACAGGGCCUCCAGUCACCACCCCGGGCGCAGAGCGCGCCUCCUGAGGCGGCCGUGCAACCACCCAGUCCUUUGCUGGCCCCGGUUGCCAGCCCCAGCCCCUUCCUCCUCCCAAGCGGUGGAGUGUCCACCACGACCCCAAACAUCUUUAACCGGUCAGCCAGGCCCUUUAUCCCAGGCUUCCAAGGGCAGCGGCCAGGUACCACCUCGGUCAUUUUCAGACCCCAAGGUCCCAAGAGGGUGAAUCAAAGCCUGGGAGGAUUCAACCCCGCCCCACCGCCCUUCCUGCCCUCUCCACAGGGCCCCAACCCUCUGCCCAGCUACAUUUCAGGGGUUCCCAGCCACGUGCCGACCCCCGCAUCCCCUAACAUCCCACGGUCCUCGGGGCCCGUUACGGCCACCAGCUCUCUGUACAUCCCAGCCCCUAAUCGUCCAGUAACACCCGGCGGAGCCCCCGAGCCCUGCUCCACGCCCCCCAGCGCAGCGGCCAUGACCUCCACUGCGUCUAUCUUCCUCUCGGCGCCUCUGAGACAGGCCGCGCACCCAGAGGCUCUCUCCCCAGGCUCCGCAGUGCCCGAGACCCCCAGCACCCGCGAGCAGCGCAUUUCGGUGCCAGCUGCCCGCACCGGCAUCCUCCAGGAGGCCCGGCGCCGCGGGACCCGGAGGCAGAUGUUCCGGCCGGGAAACGAGGAGACUAAGAACUCGCCCAACCCCGAGCUUCUAUCGCUGGUGCAGAACCUGGAUGAAAGACCCCGGGCUGGGGGUGCCGAGUCUGGACCCGAAGAGGAUGCUCUGAGCCUGGGCGCGGAAGCCUGCAACUUCAUGCAGCCCCUAAGGGUCAGGAGUUACAAGGCCCAACCUCACGUGACACCUAAAACCCCGCCUCCGCCUCCCAUGACCCCGCCCCCUGCAACACCUAAGACUCCACCCCCUGUGGCACCUAAGCCUUCGCGUGGGUUCACUGAUGGGUUAGUGAAUGGGGCAGAAGCCCCUUCUGGAGUUCUACAGACACCCAAGCUUCAGGGCAGGGGUGGGGAGCUGUUCGCUAAGCGGCAGAGCCGAGCUGACAGGUUUGUGGUGGAAGCUACCCCUAGUUCUGGUCCUCGACCCAGAAGCCCUUCUCCUACUCCUUCACUGCCCCCUUCCUGGAAAUAUUCACCCAACAUCCGUGCUCCACCUCCGAUUGCUUACAAUCCUCUGCUGUCUCCCUUUUUCCCUCAGGCUGCCCGAACUCUCCCUAGUAAGGUCCAAUCUCAGGGUCCCCAGGCAACCCCCAAGCAGGGUAUCAAGGCUCUUGAUUUCAUGCGCCACCAGCCAUACCAACUUAAAACUGCCAUGUUCUGUUUUGAUGAGGCUCCCCUGACUCCUGGUUCCACCUCCUUGGCCACCCCCCAAACUACUCGAGUUCAGGAGAUCCGUCGAUUUUCCACUCCAGCCCCUCAGCCCACAGCAGAGCCGUUGGCCCCCACUGUGCUUGCCCCUCGAGCAUCCACUACACUGGAUGAGCCCAUCUGGAGGGCAGAGUUGGCCUCGGCGCCCGUUCUUAGCCCGACCCCUCUUCCGGAGUCUCCUAGGGGUCUUGGAACCUCCCCCAGCUCUUGUGGUUUCCAGGUAGCCAGGCCCCGGUUUUCAGCCAACAGAACCGGGUUGCAGGCUCAUGUGUGGAGGCCUGGAGCAGGCCACCACUGAGCAAGGUACAACUCCCAGGACCAAGGAGAGGUGGAACAUCCAAUUGGUAAAGUUGCUUUUCCUACCCCAUCUUCCCACCUCUCUCAGGCAUCUAUCUAGAGGCCUUCCUGCCAGAGAUAGUUCUGGAGUUGGUGUCCCAUUCCCUCCCCUCCCCCACACCCUACUCCCAACACCCUGCUGCUUUCCAACCUGCUGCCUCAGCUUUGGAGUCUGUGCUUGUCUUUGUCACUGUAAUUGCUUGCUUAGAUCUCUGUCUUUAUCUCUAGGUCUAUGCACUCACACUCUUCCACUGGUCUUUACUUCUCUACACUGGUGCUUUUUCUCUCUGUGGGCUACAUUUUAACAUUCAAUAAGAAGCACACAGAGAAGAUACUACUGAGAUCUCAGGCAAGAAACUCAUCUCCAGGCAGGUAGCAAAAGAACUGAACAGACCCUACUAAGUCACUAUAUCUGCCUAGUUGUAUAUGUGUGUUUACACAUGCAAGUGUAUGUGCAUGCGCACUGGUGUGCUCUUCCAUCUGAGGCAAGACUUGCUUCUCCUUUGAAAGAGUGUUCUAAGUGAAAACCCAGUCUGGGUGUUACCAUUGCACUGAUGAAAGGAGGGCUGGGUAACCUCAUGUGAAUAGUCUAUUGGAGAGGAAGAUUCACUUGAAUUAAAGGCCAGCAGUAGUAGCAGGUGUAUAGCCUUCCCAAAAUAGGGAAGUUUGAGGAGACUUGAAGGACCAGGGAAGUUUCUAUAGGAUGAGUUAUACCAGCUGGGCCAGGAAUAGAACUAAGAAACUAUACCUCAGGAACUCCAGAAAGUUAGCAACUUGAGAGACCUAUGAGCAAGAAGUUAAAAAAAAAGAGAAAGUGGUCCGGGAGGUGGUGCAGUGGAUAAAGCAUUGGACUCUCAAGCAUGAGGUCCUGAGUUUGAGCCACAGCAGCACAUGUACCAGAGUGAUGUCUGGUUCUCUCUCUCUCUC